GACAGUUUGUAGAGAAAUUUAUUUGGAUAGUAUAGUCUGAAGCCAGGAGGGCUUGACCCAUGGCUGAUUGGUACACUAACUGAACAAAGUUUACAGUUUGAAAUUAACAUCGAAACACCAUUGGAUCUCUUAGUUAUGACUCCUUUGUUACAACAAUCUUGCAAUAUACUUGAAAGCGUAAGUGUAUUAGUUGUAUUUAGCAGCUAUGAAUGCAGUUAAUAAUGGCAACAGCAUUGUUACAACUUGCUAAUGUGCUAUCAUUGAUUAAUAAAAAAGAAACAUAAAUAUGUCAGUGGUUAAAUUUCACUCUAAAUGCAUGAACAAUGAAAAUAUAUCUAUAAUACAAAAGUAAAAAUAAAAACUUCAUUAGUAAAUGCAGCUGUGGGUCACUUUAAAGCAAUAAUUCACUUUUUGUUUUUUCUCACAUCGACAUUCCAAGAAUGAUAAACAUCUGAUAUUAGUUGCCUCUGAAAUACAUUCAGCAGAAGUGUGAAAGAAGUGUGUUUCCUUCUGGCCUUAAAACUUGCAACAGAAGAAAUAGUUUCAGAAAAACAGAAAAACCACAGGAUGCAGCACCUCCACAGUUUACUGGUCUAGCCAGUGUGAUGGCUCAUCAUUCAUUCAUGUCUGAGCAGAAGAGGAACUGGCCAAUGUUUGCCAAAAAAAACAACAAAAAAAACACAUUACAGUACAAUUACAUAUUGUAUAUACUUCAAAGACACAGAUGUAAAAAAAUAAAUUUGGCUGUUAAUGCAAUGAUGUAUUCUUCAUUUAAUGUUCAAUCAAAAAUUCGAUCCUGCCCCUUCUCUAGUGCAAUAAUGUAGUUCUAAAUACAGUUUGCUUCCAUCAUAUUUUACUGUAGUUUGCAUUACUCUGUGACACUUUUGCAUAACAGUCAUAUAAACAGGUAUGAGGGAUGAAUGGCAGCGACAGGCUAUGUCUACCAAAUAGCCCGAAAUGUAGUUUCCAACAUUUUGGAAGAGCUUUUCCUGAUGAUAACAAAACAUAGAAUGUACAAAUAACAAUACAUAAAAAUAUAACACUAAUAAGACUAACAAUGUAACAAAUAGCUAUGUUUUAAGAGCUUAAAAAAGUAAAAAGCUAUAAUAUUUCAGACUUCAGUAAGGCCUCAUUUUCAUUGAUCAUCAAGCAUCAUUUAUGCUUCAUAUUCAGUUUCUAAAAGUUAACCCCCUCAGCUUUAGUCUACUGUUUGUUGCUGUCUCAUAUUGGCAUCUUGCCAAUAAAACACUGUCAGACAAAGUUAUAAUAUGUGAAGUCACUGUGGCUCCAUAUCAGAGCUCGUACAGAUCUCUCUGGCCCCACCAGUGACACUUUUCCUCUUCCCCCAGUGCAGAUGUCUGUAGAUGGAGUCAAACGCUGACACCGUGUAGCGUGCAAACAGGCUGGUCCACCUCACAGCCUCCACCAUCCACUGCACACUGCGUCCCACAAAGGCCACAAACACUGUGGUGUAGUGGAAGAGUAGCAGCAGACUCCUCCCCAGCUGCCUUCCAUGGUUAAUGAUCAGGUUGACUCUUUGGUCAUGUCCUGCCAUCGUUAUACUUCCUUCUGUGUUCUUCCAGAUGGUGAAGGGUCAAAUUAUAUGUAUUUUUAGUUGGUGCUCAUUUUUCGUUUCUUGUAGUGUAUAUAUUUAUACCGAUGCUCCCUAGAAUGGAUUCGAAGCAGGGAAAUUUGCAGACAGUCCCUUACAUACGCAGAUUCCUGCUGUCCAAUCAGUGCAGAGGAAGUUUUGUUUCCGGGAAUGUUUGGUGAUGUGGCUAUGCUCAGAAAUCCAUCCGAGGAAAAAUAUCAAAUAAAAACCAGAUACGUUUACCUGGGAAGCACUCGCACAGUGCCAUCUUUAUGUUGAGCCGUCUGGCCACAGUCCUCCAGGAGCUCUCUGGAGAGGAGGCCCCAGAUGGAGACCCACAGGGUAUGCUGGUGCCUCAGCUCCCUGCCAUUGAGGGCCAGGCUCCAGUGGAGUCUGAGGCACCUGAGGAGGCCAUGGAGAGGCUGGCUCACCUGGAACAACUGGUGGUCCAGCUGAAGGAGCUCAUUCGAGACAAAGACACCCAGCUUGUCCAAAAGGACACAGAGCUGACCAACAAAGAUGCACAGCUCAAGAAUGAAAAGGAAGAAGCCGAGGCUCGAUUCACCAAACUCAAACUGCAGGCCAAAGCUAAGAUGGCUUCACUCAACAAACAGAUAACUGAUUUGAAAGGAUCAGGAGGAGGCACACAGAGCCCAGACAGCUCUUUCACAGGAGCUGGUUCUGCAGUCGAGGAGGAGCUCCAAGAUCUGAAGAACAAGCUGAGCGAGGAGGAGGCCAACAGCAGGGAGCUGAAACUACAGCUCCAGGCCACCGAACAGCUCCUUCAAGAGAAGGAAUCUGCCCACGCUGAGCAGCUGCAGAAACUGCAGGCGGUGGUCUGUGAGAAGGACGUUCGUUUCCAGGAGCAGAUCCAGAAACAUGAAGAGGAGCUGAUGAAGGUCACAACACAGUCUCAGAAUGACGGCGAGCUUCAGCAGGCGCUGAACGCAGCCCAGAGACGUUGUGAAGAGCUUGAGGAGUCCUUAAAAUCUCGCUCCCAAGUGCUGGAAAUGCUGCAGCAGGAAGUGAGCAGUGCUGAUCAGCAAAAACAGAUCUUGACUGCUCAGUUCCGGCAGAUGGAGCAGGAGCUGGCCGAGGCCGUGAAGCUGAGGGAGGAGGAGAGGCAGCAGUGGGCCGAGCGGGCCGGCAGAGCUGACGUAGAACUCGCAGCCCUCCGAACCAGCCUGGAGGCUCAGGAAGGAGAGAGAGCGGAGGUGGCGGCGAGGCGGGAGAGCGAGCUGGUCUCCCUCAGAGAGGCUGGGCUUGUUAGUCAGGAGGCUCUGGAGAAGGAGAAGAUGGAAGUUGCCAGACUGGAGAGAGAAUUGGCUCUGAUGAAAGAGGCUGAGCUCGCAACCAUCCAAGCGAGCCAUGAUGCUUCAGAGAGAGACAGGGCAGAAAUGGCUCGGCUUGAAAGUGAACUCGUAUCUAUGAGAGAGGCAGCCGUUCAUGCCGGCCAGGACGCCUCAGAGAGGGAGAAGUCAGAAGUUGAUACACUAGAAAGAGAGCUGGCUUUGCUGAAAGAGGAGCAGGAGGAUGCCAAGAAGAAGAGUGAGACCUUGGCUGAAGUUUGGAGGCAUUUGCAAACUCUGGCUCUAGAUGAUGCACAAGCAGCAGAGGUAAACCCCGUCCCCGCUGACCUCUCCCUGCUCCUGGACACUGUGCAGUCGAUUGAGACCCAGCUGACAAGACUGAAAGACAAACGGAGUGAGAGUGAGGAACGUUGUGCAGAGCUCACCCACACCAUGGAAUCCCUUCAGGAACAACUUGACAGAAAAACGACAGACCAAGAGCAGGCCGCUACCAAGAUCCAGGAGUUGGAGCAGCAAAUUGUAACGUUGAGUGAAAGAGAUGAUGUGCCUGAACCGUCGGCACAGGAUUCAACUGACGCUGAAAAAGCAAACAUACUGGCACUGGAGCAGCAGCUACUAGAAAAAGACAGUGAGCUGGUUGCGUUGAGAGAAUCCCUCAGACUGGCUACAGACCAGAGCUCCAGUGAAGUCACAUCAAGUGAAACAUACGAUCAGACUCCAGACCAGGAUCAGGAUGCCAGUACAGCCCCCCAUGACAGUUCUGCAGCUCUUCCUGAACUAAUGGAGGAUACACAAGAAGAAGAGACUACUUUAGUGGCUGAGGACACCUCUGUCCUCUCCAUAUCUGCUGAUAACGAGAGCAGCCCAGAGCUUAUUGGACACCAGUGUGAGUCCCCAGAAGAAUCCAAAGGGACCUCCUCAGACGAGAUGGUAGCCAGUAGUGAUUCAGAGGUGGCCCACAGCAGCUGGACCCUCCUGGAAGCUGUGAAUCAAGAUGGAGGCCAGGAGUGGCCCUCCAUCCUGCAGGACUUUGGCCAGCUGCAGUUGCAGUCCUGGGAAGCGACGAGCAUGGAGCAGGAAACCUCCACAGUUCAAGUUGAGUCCUCCUCUGUCAUCAUCCGAGAGACAGUUCAGGUUCAUCUAACCCAACAGAGUUCUUCCUCCACAGACGCUAUCGUGCCCUCUGGACAGGUCUUUGCUCAGGCCUUAGCCGAGGAACUCCAGAGGAGGUACAGUGAACUUUUAGCAGAGCUGCAGAGGCUCAAAGAGGCAGCUGCAGAGUCACAGGAGAAAAUCAAGAGUCUGGAAGAAGAAACCCACUCCCUCACUGCUGCCAAAGAGGAGGCAGAGUCCCAGGCCAACAACUUUGCAGAGGAGCUCAAGUCAGUCAGAGUGGAGUUGAAUGAGGUUUCCCAGCAAAGUAGCUCAGUGGUGGAGAAGCACAGUGUUGAAAUGCAGCUUCUAGAAGAACAGCUGGACAUUUUGAACGCUGAAACUAAAGCCAAGGAGCAGAAGAUCCAGAGCCUGCAGAGCGACUUGGAAACAACCCACCUAGCUCUCUCUGAGCAGGAGGGUCAGGCCAGGAUGCUGAGUGCUCAGCUGGAGGACAGAGAACUCCUCUCUUCUGAGCUUGAAAGGAAGCUGCAAGAUGUGGAAAACAGCAUGUCGGAAUAUUCCCAGACGUCAGAUCUCAACAAUGAGUCUUUGUCACAGAAGGACUCAGAGAUCAGUGAGCUACAGCUUCGUCUCAGCCAGAAAGAGCAAGAGAUGAUGGAGCUCAACGACAGCAUGUCUGCUAAACUCCUUCAAGUAGAAGAGGAGAAGUUCCAGAUUGACCGUGAAGUCAAUAAACUGAGGGAGGAGAUAGUGGAACUUGAGAAAGUGAGAGAUGAGAAACAGGAAGCGAGCGGUGAAGACUCAGCUGCUCAUGUAGAUGAUGAACUCGGUAGCUUACGGAAGGAGAAAGGAGUGCUGCAGACACAACUAACAAACACAAAGAAGAAGCUGCAGGCUGCACUUGUGCAACGCAAAGAGCUCAUGAAGAAAGUUGCUGAUUUUGAGGCGGAAGCAAAAAAACGGAAAGAGCAAGAUGAGGUGGCAAAGGGAGAAAGUGCUGCAAAUAUUCCAGACGAAGAAAAAACUAGAGGACAGGAGAUUCAAGAAAUGGAGGCUAAACUGCUGGAGCUCGAGCAAGCUUUAAGAUCCAAAGAGGAAACAGUAGAAACUCUUGAGCAGAAAAUUAGCCAAAAAGAUCAAGUCAUAGAUGAGACGCUUGCCCUGAAUAAAAAGCUUAGUGAAGAAGCUGAAAACAGUCAGCACGCAUCAGACACCUCUUCUGAAACAACUGCGUUACAAUCCCAAGUGGCCUCUCUGGAAGUGGAGUGCGAAACGCUCCAGAAGAAGGUUCAGGAUGCUCAAGAAUCACGCAAGGACACCAUCCGCAAAGCGAAAGAGAAAGACAGACACCACCGGGAACAGCUGAAGCAGCAGAAAGAAGAAUACAGUGAGCUGAUGGAACGCUUUGAGGAGCGGAGCGGAGAAAGAGAAGUCCUUCUUACUAAGCUGAGAGAGCUGGAAGAAAAAGUGAGCAUAGAGAGAGAGGACCUGUCUCAUCAAGAGACCAAACAAGUGGCUGAAAACGUGGAGAAGCAAGCAGCAGCAGGGGAUUGGGUCCAGGAGGACUGGGUGGAUUUUACCACCUCUGAGCCUGAUUCAUCACAACCACAAACUAGUUAUCCGACUCAGCUUCCUGCAGAGCCGUCCGACGUCCACUCCGCACAAAUGGAGGAAUCUCUGAAAGCUCUCAGGGAGGAGAUCCAGACUGUGCGAGAGGCUAACACAGAGCUAGAGAAGCAGCUGCAGGAGACUCACGCCAAUCUGUCGCUGAAGGAGGCUGAAAUACUGGAGUUGGGCAAAGAGCUACAAGCGCUAAGAGAAAAGGAAAGACAGAUCGAUGCUCUCUCAGAGGAAAUUAAUGAUCUGAGAGAAAAGUAUCACCAAGCUGAGUCUUAUGCCGAAACCUUAAAAGCAGAGAUGGCAGCAUCUGCAGAUUCCUCAUCAUUCAUUGUAACUCUUCAGGCUGAGGUGGAAGACUUCAAGCAGUUCCUCGACAACAAGAACCACGAGAUAGUGGAGCUCAGUCAGCAGCUUAAUGAGCAGAACUCCUUCAUACACUCGAUGCAGGACACGGUGUCUCAGAAGGAUCAGUUAAUAACGUCUUUACAGGAAGAAUUAAAGGUUGAGCAGGAAAAAACCCAGAGGUUGGAGGUUGAGGUUCCACAGAAGCAAGAGGAAGAAAAAGACAGCGAGGCAAAGAUUCAGCAGCUUCAGCGAAAACUUCAGGCCGCUCUGAUCUCUCGCAAAGAGGUCCUCAAAGAAAAUAAGACCCAGAAGGAGCAACUAGCCUCAGCCGAGAAGCUCGUCGCUGAACUUCAGCAGAAAAUGAAGUCGGCAGAAGAUGAGCUGGAGAAGCUACGAGCGGAAAAACUAAAACUGAUCGAUGAGGUCGAUCGAACGUUACUGGAGAACCAAAGCCUUGGGUCAUCCUGCGAAAGCCUCAAACUGGCCAUGGAAGGCAUACUGAAUGAGAAAGAUGCUUGUAAGAGAGAAGCGGACUUGGCAAAAGAAGAGGCUUCCAGGGUGAGCAGAGAAUGGGAGGAAAAGGUUCAAGGCAUGAAGGAUGAGUACGAGACUUUGCUCAAGUCCUAUGAAAACGUGAGCGACGAGGCUGAGCGAGUGAGACGGGUUCUCGAAGCUGCCCGGCAGGAGAGACAGGAGUUAGCGUCCAGAGUGAGGACACACGAGGCUGCAAGGCAAGAGGCGGAGAGGCAGGCAGAGGAGGCGCAGAAAGAGGUGGAUACAGUGAAAGACAAGAUGAGAAAAUUUGCAAAAACAAAGCAGCAGAAGAUUCUGGAGUUAGAGGAGGAGAAUGAGAGACUGAGAGAAUUGCAGGAGAAGUCCGUAGUAAAACGAGAGGACAGGCGUCUGAAAGCUGAAGCUGAAAGACUUCAAGAAGAGCUGGGGGCUCUGAAAGCUGAGCUGAAUGCUACAGCAGCAGAGAGAGACUCUUUAGGGCAGGAGAUUGAAGAACUGAGGGAACAAGUUGCCCAAAUGGGAGAGAAAGAGGACAGUGAAACUCAAGCAACAACACUUACCUCUGCAGCUGUUGUAGAAGAGGUUGUCACUGCCCAGAAAUCUGACAUAAUCAUUACCAAAGCAGAGCCUGUGGAGAGUCGGUAUGAGGACAAAGAAAAACCCGUAACUCCAGAGGAGACUCCAGAUGACCAAAUAGUUGCAGUGUCUGCACCAGAAACACGUUUAGAGCCCACAGAGGAGAAAGAAAAGGAAGAAAUGACUGAAAGUGUUCAAAAUGUAUUAGAGGAUAAAAUAAAAGAGAUGGAGGCAGCUGUUAACUCAGAGAGGAAACUGUGGCAGGAGCGGGAGGCUGAGCUCAGUGCUGCUCUGGCCUCUCUGGAGCGAGACCUCCAGGAAAGUAAAGAGAGGCUGACUCUUGUGGCCUCUCUAGAGAAGUGCCUGCAAGAGGCCAAAGAGAGAGAAAAGAGCCUGAUUGAAGAGGGUUCGAGGAGGGAAACUCAGUUCAAAGAACUCCUCGGAAGCCUUGAAACUGAGAAAGACAACCUGGAGGAGCGUCUGAUGAACCAGUUGGCCCAACUCAACGGGAGCAUCGCCGGCUACCAGCAAGACACGGCAGACAACCGGGAGCAUCUGGCUGACCUUCAGCGGCAGGUGGAGAGGUUGGAGAGGGAGCGAGCUGAACUGGAAGCCGAGGCUCAGAGCGAAAGGGACCGGGCGUCCAGACUGGAAGAGGACAUGAGGCAAGCCCAGAGAGAAAGAGCUGAAGCUGAAGCAGAGUCUGGUAAGCAGCGGGAGCUGGAGCAGCAGCUGAGAUCUGCUCAGAGGGUCAGAGAAGGCAGCCAGAGCAGAGCACGUCAGCUGGAAGAACUGCUGAGGGAGAAGCAGCUGGAGGUCCGACAGCUGCAGAGGGACAGCAUCCAGUACCAGGAGAGGAUCAGUGAGCUGGGGAGGGAAGCUAAGGCACUACAGCUCGGCCACAAUGAGCUCAACAGCAAACUAGAACAAUCCCAGCUGGAGAGCUCCAAAACUCUAGAGGACCUGAAAAAGAGCGAGGCAGAGUUGACUAGCUGUAAAUCUCAACUGGAUGAGGUCCAGAAACUGUUCAGCGAGGCCUUAGCUGAGAAAACAACUUUAGAACAGAGCGCCCAGCAGAAAGAGUCCUCGAUGAAAGCCGAGGCAGAGCAAACCCUGGACUCUGUGAGAUUCAGACUGGGAGCUGAACUGAAGGAGAUGGAGCUGAGACUGGAGGAGGCCUACAGAGAACGGGAAAAGGAAGAGGAGGCCACCCUGGAGGCAAGAGAGAUCGCAGAGGGAGCUGAGAGACGAGCCCAGGAGAUGCAAGCGCGUCUAGACGAGUCUCUGGCCAGGUUAGCUGCCUUCUCACGCUGCAUGUCCUCACUGCAAGAUGACCGGGACAGGGUUUUGGACGAGACCCGGCAGUGGGAGACUCGCUUUAAUGAUGCUCUGCAGGGUAAGGAGGCUGAAGUCCGGGAGGCUGAAACACGAGCCAAGGAGGCGGCAGAACAGCUUCAGAAAGAAACUGCACUGAAAGAGGAACUUCAGCUUUCUGUGGACAGACUAGAAAAAGCAGACAAAGCCUGGCAGCUGAGACUGGAAGAAGAGGAAAAGAAAGUCAGAGAGAGUCAAGCUGCCUUCCAGGAGGAGAGGAGCAAGCUUCAAGAAACCACAGCUGAGUUGCAGUCUGCACAGAAUGAAGUCCAUACACUUACAGAUGAGCUGGAGGGUCUUCAUCACCGAGUCCAGGCUCUGGAGGAGGCUGUGGGUCGGCUGCAGGGUGAAGUCGACCGGGCCAGGACUGAGCUGAGGGAGAGGGAGGCGGAAGAGAGACGGCUGUGCCUGAACGUGGAGCAACUGGAGACAGACCUGCGGUCCUCUAAGGCCUUGACAGAGAGUCUGCAGACUGAGUUACAUGAGAAGGAAAGGAGAGAAGUGGAAAUGCUGGGGGAGAAGGAACAAGCUGUUGCUCAGGCUGCUGACGAGGCCAGAAAGGAGGCGGACAGUCGAGCACAAGAAGCUGAGGGGGAGCUGGAGCAGAGAAGAGGAGAAGUGCGGGACCUGGAAGAAAAACUGCGAAAGGCAGAGGAAGAGAGCAACAACCGAAAAACCAAACUGGACUCUUUCAUGAAGGCCAUGAGCUCCUUGCAGGAUGACAGAGACAGAGUCCUCAACAUGUACAAACAGCUGGAGGAGAAACACCUGCAGGUGAUGAUGGAGAAGGAUGGUCUGAUCCAGGAGGCGGCAGGGGAGAACAACAGCCUGAAGGAAGAGCUGCGCUCUCUGCUGGUCCAGAGAGACGACCUGUACGCUGAAAAGGCAAAGCUGUCCGCUCAGCUUCACGGCUAUCGUGAUGAACUUAACCAGGUCCUGAGCAUGAAGGACUCCCAACAUAAACAGCUUCUGGCAGCUCAGAGAGAACGGAUCACGUCUCUAGAAAGGGAGCGUGAGGAAUUGGAAAGUCAGUUAAAGAGUGUGAGUGGAGCCGGAGAGGCAGAAGUAGAAGCAGUGAAAGUGGAGAGGGAGACUCUUCGUCAGGCUGCUGAUAGUGGGACAGUAUCACAGGUGAUAGAUGCUCCUGGUGCAGAGGUGGAGAAGCUGAGGGAGCAGCUGCAGGCAGCAAGAGAGCAAGUAGAGACUUUAGAGGAGACUUUAUUAAGGGAGAGACAACAGCAGGACAGCAAGAGCAAAGAGCUAGCUGAGCUGCGAUGGGAGGGAGGUGUGAUGCGGACAGAGUCUGAGAGCGCCCAGGAGAGGGUGGCGGAGCUGGCCCGAGACCUGCUGGCUGUCGAGCAAAAGCUGCUAGAGGAGAAAGAAGCUUCGACGCAGCUGAGGUCAGAGAACCAGUCAUUCGCUAAAGCCAUGGCCUCCCUCCAGGACAGCAGGGAGCAGGCAGUAAACAAGGCCCAGGAACUGAGCCUGAAGCUGGAAGAGAUGAGCAAAGCAGGUGGCCCUGCAACUCAGAGCAGCCCCGGAGGCUCUACUGGAGAAGUGUGGGGCCUGAAGAAUGCACUACAAGCCCUUCAAAAUGACAGGGAGAGACUGCUGGAGCAGCUUCAAACACAAACGUCUGAGCUCAUGAAGCAGAAAUCGGAGCUGGCUCGGCUGGGAGCAGGAGAGCUGAUUAAAGUCAGCCAGGAGCUUUUUGAGGAGAAGAACAAGAACGAAGACAUGCUGGGUGUCAUAACACAGCUGGAGAAUGUGGUGCAAAUGGGCAAGCAGGAAACAGAGACACUCAGGCUGGAGCGAAUCGACUGGAUGGCUCAAGCAGAGCAGCUGAAGCAGCAGACCCUCGCCACACUCUCAGAGAGGGACCAACAACUGCGACAACUCACCGCUAUGCUGGAGGAAGCUCGUACUCACCAGCCUAAACUUCAGCAGGAACACUAUCAGAGAGAGAGCACAGACAAAGUGGACAGUCCUCCCGGAGCCCCACAGGAGCGAAGCAGCCUGCUAGACAGCCACGCCUACAUAGCUGAGGUCAAAGAGUUACAGCGGAGGCUAGAUGAAGAGACGCAGCAGAGGGUGGCUGCUGAGGAACAGCUGAUGGUCACACAGGACAGACUCAAACGCCACAGCCAGGCUAAAUGGCACAUUGAACAAGAAGGGGAUCACUCAGAGACUGCUGUCUUUAUCGAGCCGCCGGAAGGAGCUGUAACUCGAAUUCGGAGAGGUGGCCCGGGCUUGAUGCGGAUGCUCCGAGUGGCCUUCUGCUCUCGCCAACGUACCCCUCUGCUGCUCAGCCUCUAUCUGCUCACUGUGCACGUCCUGCUGCUGCUGUGUCUGGGCGGAUACCUCUGAAACCAGCUCCCCCUGACAAACCCUGAAAGAUAAGACACAUGAGAGAGAGAGAGAGGAGGGGAGAGAAAAUGGAAAUGUGACACUGACCUAACCCAAGCCAUCAAUAUGUUUUAUAUUGUUACUUGUAAUAAAUUAAAGGGUGGGAAGGUUAUUGUACACACACACACACACGCACACGCACAUGCACACACACACAUACACGCACUUUACAGGACUUAAACUGUUAUCCAAAGUAUAUAGAUUUAUCUAAGGAGCUGUUAUCAUUAAUUUUAUUCAUUUUGAUCUUGUGUGACUUUGAGUGUGUAUGACAGGUUUUUCCAACCUGAGAGGACAUAAGGGACAAACUAUAAAUUUUCCUCCUUUCCCUUUUACCUGCAGUUUAGGGGGGGGGGGGGGGGAGAGAUAAAGGCGAUUCGUAAUCAAAUAUUUUGGCAGAUGGUGCUGUUUGUGUGCCUUUAGAUUUGGAUAUAAAAGGGUUACUUUACUUUACUAAGUAAAAUUUUUUGGGAUGUUAGGGAAAUGUCCAAAAUGAGAGUGUUACCGUGUUACUGUUAGACCGUUAGACUGAUAAGACUGAUAUCUCUGUCUGUCUUCUAAAUAUAAGGCUAGCUUACUUAGCUUAGCUUAGUACAAAGAGUGGAAACAGGGGAAACAGCCAGCCUGGUUCUGUCAAAUGGUUACAAAAAAAGCACCUCUAAAUCUCACUAAUUAGCAGUUACCGUCUAAUUUGUGUAUUCCGUGUAAAACGACAAUUUGCCAGGGUAGCUGUUUCUCAUGGUGGAAAAUAACUAAGUACAUUUACUCAAGUACUGGAGUUACAUGUACUUUACUUGAGUAUUUCUAUUUCUAUUUCAUACUUCUACUCCACUACAUCUCAGAGGUAAAUAUUGUGCUUUUUAUUCCGUUACAUUCAUCCAACAGCUAUCACUACAUGUUACAUUAAAGACUGAGAUUUUAAAUGGAAAACAUAAGACACUGUAUUUUAAGAGUUUAAAAGUUCCAAACUUCUCAGAUGAUUUCAUUUAAAAAACGGUUUGAGGCCCAAACAGGAACAUGAUCCACAAUUUCACUGAAAACAGUGAAAGAUCAGAGAAUAUUCCAAAAACUGAAAACAGAUUUUUGUAUCACAAAUUUGUUUUUUGUUUUUUUCUUUCUUCUUUCCUGUCCCAUUAAUUAUGUCAUGACCCCUCAGAUUUAUCCGGUGACCCUUUGGAGGGGCCCGACCCCUAGGUAGGGAACCACUGGACUAAACUAACUGUGUGUAAAGCAGUUAAAACCAGCUCCACCUGGAGCAGCUACAACAGUAAAAUGCUACUUAAUGCAUCUGUAUUAGCAAUCUAAUAAAGUCAGAUAUAAUCAGAUAUGAGUCACAGGAGGAUGAGAGUUAUUCGUACAUUUUGCUGAUAAUACGGUACUUUUACUUAAGUUGAAAUGAAAGAGUACUUUCUUCCGUCCAACAGAUUUUCCCCAUUGCCCGUCCUUGUGCUAAGCUAACCGGCUGCUUCAUGUAGCCUGAUAUUUAACAGACAAACAUGAGCGUGGUGUGGAUCUUCUCAUCUAACUCUCACCGGAAAGGGAAUAAGUGCAUUUCCCAAAAAGUUGACCUGUUCUGUUAAGAUGGCUUGAGGUUCAGGACGUGGUGUUAUAGUCCAGUCUCUUCCUCCUCUACUCAUUUAAUGCACAAAAACGGAGCACAGUGCAAUUUCUGUUCUUACACAUUCCUCUUGUUGUUUUCAUUGUCUUUUACUGUCCUCUUAUAUAAAUCACAUUAUUUGUACAUAUGUACCUGUAUCAUCUAUGUCGGCUGGAUGUGGGUUUUCCCUCUUUCAUGUCCAGGAUGACUCCCUGUCCAUGCUUCUGUUGCACAGAUUUAGAUUUUACAGUUUGCUGUGUAGUUUUUAUGGCAGAUGAAGUUGCCUUAAGGUGCAAUGUAACCACAGUGUGGAUUCAUUCCAGAGGAGGAAGACUGCUGUUUUAAAAUGAUAUCCAUCCCAUUAUAGACUACUCUGAUGUAGCAUAAUUUAUUCAUCUUAAAUUGAGAUUGUCAAAUUCUCCACUAUCUACACUCUUGUUGAAUCACUCUGUACUCACGUCUUUCUAAAUUAAUGUUCUUCACAUCUUACACACAGCUGUAAAUAACUGUUUAAAAGGGCUGUAUAGAAAAAUAAAAUGUAAUUAAAAGUGUUGGUGGUUUAGAUCAGGGACCGAUCUUGUCAAGCAUUAAUUAUUUACUCAUCUAUGUGUCUAGAAAAAUAAUUCUUAAUUAAUUUUAGUUAAUUUUAAUUUCAAUUCAGCAAAUGGUAACACUGUUUUUCCUUUUAUCUGUGAAAUACUGAAGAAUAAACGGUUUAAUCACUGA